AGUAUGCUGGGGUCUGUGUGAGCAGAGGCCCUGAACUCCCACAAGCCUGGAUAGUGCCCUGGGACAGGCCUCUACUCUCUCCUCCACUUUUAGGUAAAACUGCCCAGGGCUUUGAGAAUUGCUGGGAGUGAAGGCCAGAGAGAUGGGGACCAGACAGGGGUGGCCAAGGCCUCGCUGGGUUACAGGCUUUGUGCAAGGCUCAGUCAGGCAGACUCCUCUCUGAGAAGUUGCAAAGAAGUCCUCUUGUGCAGGAGGGGGAGGCUCUGAAGUGAGGGCCAAGGAGGAGGGCGCUGAUUCUCUCUGGAAGUUCACUCAUGGCCCAGGUCAACCUGAUGACAGGCGUUUGCCUCCAGGACAUCAAGCUGCACUUCUGGACAGAGUCCCUGCAGGUGGUCACUGCUCUUCUGGCUCCAGCUGUCACUCUGGGGGUGGUAUUGGGCAUCAGCUGUGCAGUUCUGCUUUGUGUCUACGUGAUCAAGCCUCUAAUCCAGAAAAAGAAAGAUGAUUCCCAAAGUCUCCUCAAAAAUUUGGAUGCUGAUGUACAUUUGUAUGAAACUGACUCACCAACAAGGGAGAAGAGACAGGAAGCCCAAACACCCAUGGAAGAAGUGAUUCUUGGUGAAUAUGAGUCACCACUCAACAGUAACAUCACAGCAUUUGCAUUGAAAGCAAAAGUGGUCUAUCCCAUCAAUCAAAAAUUUAGGCCUCUUGCAGAUGGAUCAUCCAAUCCAUCUUUGCAUGAAAAUUCAAAACAGGCAAUUUUGCCUAAUCAAAUGAUGGAAGUUUCUCCUUCAAGUAGUCUUGGAUCCCUCAGCCAGGGAGACAAAGAAGACUGCAGUUCUUCGACCAGCAUGCAUUCUGCUAUUAGUGAUGACCGAUUCCAUGAUAGAACCUUCCUAAAGGUGAAUUCUUUCCCAGAGGUGCUGACCUGUGAAAGUUUUGAUAUUAGUUUGUGUCUGCAUAGCCUUCAUCUGAAAAGCCUUUUACUCUUAGACAAGGAACUGAGGCAGGAAAAAAACAUGAUGUUUAUCCAGAUCCUCAAAAUGUCCAUAAGUGAUAUUCUUCCAAAGAAGAAAACUGGUGAUGACUUGUAUCAAAAGAUCAUUUCAAAACAAGAAAUGGAUUUGGAAGAAUUAGAGAACCAGACUCAGUCCAAACUAUCAAACACAGAGAUGGUGGGUGCUGAUAAUUCGGAAUAUUCAACACUGGAGGAUAUUGAAAGGAAAGAAAGAGAAUACUCAGAACAUAUAAUAGAUAAUAUGGAAGCCUUCUGGAAACAGAUGGAAAAAACCUACCACUUUCUCCUAGACCAAUUGAAAAGCUUAAGUGCCAAAGUAGGGCAGAUCAUGCAGAAUAUAACUGAAAGAAUGAUUACAGCUGAAGAGUUAUUAAAUGCCUCUCAGGACUUGCAGACCCUGGAUAUUCAAGAGAGAACAGUGAGUUGGAAAUAUAUGGCCAAAAUGAUCAACUCCUUAAAAUUACAAAUUCAGGAAGAGACUAAGUGUUGGUUGACAGUGAUUUCCCGAGCACUGGAGUCAUUAACCAUUGCAGGGAAACUCUCAGUAAGACAGAAGGAAGAGCUGUUAACACACUUGCACAAAGCUUUCUGGGAAGAAGUAGAGCAUCAUAACAGUGAAUUUGUUCGGCGAGGUAAGGACCUAAUCAAGACUUCUCUGGCUCACCGGGAGGCAAUGAUAGAAAAGAUGACAUUGGCUCACAAAGAAGAGAGAGUAUGCCUUCUUGGAAAAGCACAAAAAAUGACUGACCCUGAUGAGGUACUUAAGGCUUAUCAUGAAGUCCUGGAAAAGCAGAGAUUGACUCGGUAUGAUCUCAAAGAGGAGGCUGACUUUAAAACCACUGAAGCAGCUGUUGAACUGUGCCAGGAGCUAUAUAGCAGUACCAUCAAAACUUUCGAAAAACUCAUAGAAGAAACAUUUCUUCAAACCCUCUUGGGAUUGACUGGCCUUUCCUGGGGAGAAUGUGAGGACUUGAGACAAGUUGUUCAACAUAGCGGAGCCCUCGACUUGGAGAAGUCACACCGCUUCCGGGAAAAGCAAUGGAUGCUUUUCCAAGAACUACUCGACCAAGAAAAACAGCUGUGGACUGAAGAGUAUGCCUUGUCUGCCAUCAUGCAGAAACACUUUUUGGAGAAACAUGAGAGCAUCAUCCAUGGAGUACUAUGCCACCUGGGUGGUCUCAGUGAAGAGUCAAGAAGAUGCAUAUUACAGAAACACCAACUCAUGCUGAGCUCAAUCCUCAGAAGAUUGUCCCUCCGGAAUAUCGCUGCAGCCACGAUGACUCAGAUGAGAAUGUCCAGAAAGAAGAGUCUCCUUCAGGAGCUAAAAGAACAGUACAUCCUAGAAAAGAGCUCUUCUCAGUGUCAGGAUGAGCACCAGUGGCAACUGCUUAAAGCAAUGGAAGCACGUAUGCUGGAAGAAGAGAGGAAAGUAAAGGAGGAGACUCAACAGACUCGUUUAGAAUUCCAUCAGCAGUUCAUUGGGGAAGUGCAAGAAUGUAUACAGUUUCUGCACCAACACAUGCAGCAGGUGAUUGGAGAGGCCUUGCUUGAGCAUGCUCGGUGUGAUAUGUCCAAGAGCAGAGCCAAAGACAGAGACGACUUCAAGGGGACAUUGAUAGAAGCAGCUGUAGAAAGUGUAUAUGUAACCAGCAACAAUGUCAACAGGCUCGUCCACAGUUACUACCAACAAAUUGGGAGAAUCAUGCAGGAUCAUGAAGAGAGAAAACUCCAGCAGCUCAAGGCAUUACAGGCUGAAAGGAUGGACAAUUACAAGCUUCAGAAGAAAACAGAAUUGAAUGACCAGUCACCAAAUGGAAACACAUCAAGCCCUGCCUCUGAUGUACCCAGCACUGUCCAUCAAAGGAUGUUGUCGCAGCAAAAGAAGUUCUUGGCCCAAUUUGAUGUGCAUCAGCAGAUUCGCUUGGCCUCCCUGAAACAGACUGCAGGAGCUAUGGAUCACCUGGGAGCCCAGCUUGAGACUGAGAUGAAGGAAGCUGAACAGAUCUUCAUCACUGAACUGGCAGCAUUGGCUCGAGUACCUCUUGCUGAAAAUAAACCAGCAGCAAACAAGAGAGGGCAGCCUGAGAAAUGUCCAAGGAACAAAAAGAAGAAGCUCUUGCCUCGAGAAAAUGAUGAUCCUACUCUGCUGAAUGAUGAAGACCCUGCCCUCAGGGGCCAGAUUUCAGGAUCUUUCAGCAAAUUGCAGAAUCAAGGUGAAAGUGACAUUGGUGAACUAGAGAAAUUAAAGAAGAUCAGGAAAAAAAGAAAUAACUUGUAGUUACUUGCAGAGACAUCAAGGUGUUGUUGUCAAGACCACUGCCUAGAGAUCGGACAACCUGGCCAUGUAUUGUGAUCUUGGGCUCAGUGUCCUUAUCUAGGGUCCCACAGAAGAUACUUGUGAAACCCCCCAUCCUUUUGGUAAGGAACACGUUUGAUAAUGUGUAUGACAAAACAUGGGUAAAACUUUAAAAUAUUAUGUAAAGCAAAAUUGGUAUUGUUAUAAAAAUAGCAUUAAAAUGUCUAGAAAAAAAGAUUCUCAUUUUGCAAAAAACAAACAAGCAAACAUGUUCACUACACCAUCUUGGGCAAAUCAGUUGUACUCCUUGGGCCUUAUCUUCCUCAUGUUGGUAUUUAUGGACUCUCCCAAGUUUGAUGUUGUGUGUUCUAAACUCCUUUCCCACUGACAUUGGAUGUUUUGUGUUCUGCUGUCCCUUGCAAAUAAAAAAUAGUCUUGUAUUACGAAAAUGAUGACAAUUUCAAAAAGAAAAUAAUUUUUGAAAAUCGAUGCAGCUAAAACCCUUUUUAUGAAUGGCAGAACUAUAUAGCAUGCUUAUCUUUGGUUCCAGUUCUUCCUAUUUCUUCAGAAAAAAUGAUUUCGAAAACCUAGCCAAUAGUGCCCUCCAGUGUUGGAAAAAUAUUUGCGUUCUGAAUUUUUGAAA